AUGAACAUAUGCCGCCUUCUCAACUCACGAAGUCCCUCGCCAGGCCGUGCCACUACGGCCACCGCAGCUACUGCCACCAACGACCCAAUUGACGAUGACUACACUGGGGCUACGGUCCCACAACUGCCGCCGCCACUCUUUGACACUUACGAUGACCUCUUUGCCUUCCUCCGCAACUUCCACCUUUCCAAUGGCGCCGCAUAG